GGAUAGAAGUGGUUCGUUGUUUGAGCGCUGCCGGAGCCCGGAGCCAUGAGCCUCUUAGGGGCGGGCUACGACAGUGAGGGGGAAGAGAGUGGUGAAGAUGCACCCACCGCACCGCUGCAGGCCUCGGAUGCCUCGCCCAGUUCAGAGGGUGACCCAUCUGACUUGGCAUUGCUCAAAAAGCGAAAGAUCGACUACUCCAAGCUGCCAACAUCCAGGAAACUGAACUUGGAGCCACCCAAGGCCGCGGAAGAGGAAGUCGAAGCUCCUUUGAAAAAGGCGGCUCAAUUGGCGGCCAACCCAGUGGGUCAGAGCUUGCUGGCUGCACUGCCACCCCCGAAGGUCACUCUGGGCAAGGAGACCUCAAGCUCUAUUAGACUAGACCUUUCGGAUCUGAAUGCCUUUCCGCAUCACUUCGCCAGGGAGAAAAGCCGCGUCCCGGUCGAGGGGCUGUUGCGACCGGAAAACUUUGCAGACGACGAUGAGGAGGCGGCGCAAGUCCCUGCAAACGUCUUGAACCAUCCCAUGUUCUCCACGGAAGCGGUCCAGCCAGACGGUCCUUCUGCAGAAGAUUUGUUGGAGUUGCGUAAGCCUCGACAGUUUGUUGAGGUAAAUGCUGAAGACAUGAAGGAUCCUGACUGGUAUAUGAAGGAUCAGAUGAAUGGUGGCCCAGGCUACCUCACCAAAAAGCGCGUCUCGGACGACAUGUCUAUGUACGAUGGCAAGGGCUGGCGGCAGACGACGCAUGCCAACCCCAGCCGUGUGCAAAAGAGGAAGCACCACAUCAAUUGGCUUGCAACCGAAGCCAUGGAGAAAGAGGCGGAAAUGUUGGAUCGCGGAUCGCAGAAGAUCCUAUCCAAGGCACAGACCCAUGCCAAGUACGGCUGGUGAGCAGCGACCCAGAUCAUGUGUCACCUUGCACCAGCUGCUGCCUACAGUUGGUAUCCACCACCAAGGUCUGCUAGAGCCCAGCAUGUCAGA